AUGAUUAGAUGGCUUGUAUCCAUUGCCUUAUUUGCACUCUUCAAUUUUUGCUAUACCCAGUAUCGCCGAACCAUAAACCCACUCGAACUACGAACGACGAAAGGAGAGUUUUUCAUUUAUACACUUCAUUCCGGUAGUUUUUUUCCUCAAACAGUUGAUGUUAAAUGGUCAGCUUCUUUACAUGGCCGCCCUGCUUUGCCAUUAUGGUUGCAUUUGAUGCCGUCUAGGCACAAAGCACUUGGAUACUUAUAUGGUACUGUGGUCUCUCCUCUCAAUCAAGUUGUUAUACACAUUAUUGCUCGACGACUGGAUAAUUACGAUAGAGCGGAACAAUAUAUAACAAUAUUUUUGAAUGAUAAUGAAAAGUACAAUAACGCGACACAACAGUUUGCCGAAAUUUACAUAAAAAAUUACGAUCCUGAGGAUCUUUUAACUGAUCGCACUCGAACUAUUGAUCGGCUGAAGAAAUCAAUGACAGAAUCAUUCAGGGGAAAAGGACUGAAUCCAUAUAUAUUCCAGAUUUUAGCCGCUGGGAACUUGUCACCUCAAAAUACCCAUCUCGAUUUACGCCAUAAAGUUGGCAGCAUAGUUCGAAUUGGAACGCAAAGUCGCUUUCAUGUGAAUGUACUGAAUCUGGAACGUGGAUUGCAAAGGAAUCCGCAAUAUUGCAGUAGGGAUCAGCUUGUACCAUUGAACAAAUUUUUCGCUCCUAUCUUUCAAAUUGAUUGGUGCAAUUUCCAUGUGAAAAAUGUAACAGCGCCAACUAUUCAUAGUAACGAUGCAGGGCUCCGGCAAAGGUCGACAAAGGUAAUCACACCAGACACAGAAACAAUGCAUACUCCCUACCACCAAUACCAGCCAUCUACCUCGUCCAUAUUGAAAGUGGAAACUCCUGUGUUGCACACUAGAUAUUAUUUUUGGGAAUCAUUUUUGAUGUUCCCGAUGUUGGGUGUAUGUUGUAUUCUCUUACUUAUUCUUCUAAGUCUUAUUUUCUUUGGCCGUCGUGAAGGUCAACAUUGGAGGGAUUACAAGACGCCAAAACGGCAACUGGAAGAAUAUGCUAGCGUACGCGACAGUCAACGCCAUUUGCGUGAGCUCUCCAUGCAACGACAGGUGCUUCUAAUGGCUUCAGACAGGGCACAGUCACAUACUCCACUUGGGAUCCACGCAUUCCUGCAACCAAAACCUCCAAAUCGGAAUCCAUCUCCGGAAAAUCCUCGACCUGAUCCAUCCAGUCGUGGGUCUCGUUCACCCCUACUAAAAGGAUCGAGGGCUCAUUUGAGUGCAAGUCCGGAUAAAACCUUUAAUGGUCAUGUCAUUCCGAUGAGCAAACAAACAGUUGCGGAAGCAGCGAAAGCCUGUGGUUCAUCACUGCAUUUGUAUAGGAAUCCAUUUGAAAGCGAUCCAAAUGAUCACAACGGGGAGGAACAGUCCGCAGACUGUAAGUCAGAAUGA